UUCGAAAUCUGCUUAGAAUUUGUUUGUUUAUAUUGCGGAAAGGGCCAUAUAAGAGGCCAGGAUGAGCCGGAAACUGACCAGGGAGACGGUCCAGCAGCACUGUCUCACCUGCCUGUUGAAGCUGGACAGCGGACAGGAGCCGGAUGAGUCAGCCAUCAGCCAGGAGAUGCAGCGACUGCUCCAUCAACACCUGGACUGGCCGCUGGAAGAAGAGCUCCAGGGGGAGAAGUGGCUGCCACAGCAGCUGUGCCCGCCCUGUCGUCAAGAACUUCAGCGUUUCGAGCAGUUCCGUCAGCGGGCGAUCGAGUGCCGGCUCGAGCUACUGGAUCUGCUGAAGGAGAAAGAGUGCACGGAGCCCUCGUUUGAGGUUGUGUACGAGGAGCCAGCGACUGGGUGCCAAGAUGAAGAGUCGCUGCACAGUCUGGGACCACCGGAGCCGGAUCCAGAUCCAGAUCCUAUCGACGAGCCUGAUGCAGAAACACGGUCAGAAGGGGGCCAGGGACAGAAAGAGAACGAGAACAAGGUGGAGAAGCGCACCUCACGGGGCGUUAGAAACAGCCUGAAAUGCAGCCUGUGCCAGCACAGCUUCGCCCAUAAGCUCACCCUGUCCGCCCACAUCCGCAAGGUGCACGAGGGCAGCAAGCGGCCGUUCCAGUGCGACCAGUGCGACAAAUGCUACAGCUUCAUGGGCGGCCUCUACACGCACAUCAAGGAGAUUCAUGCGACGCGCGAGCGUCGCUAUCCCUGCGACCAGCCCGGCUGUGAUCGCGUCUACACCAGCUCCAUUGCCAUGCAGAAGCACAAGCGGCUGAAGCACAGCCAGAAGGAGCCGGCGCGAAAGUUCAUCUGCGAGCAGUGCGGCGCCACAUUCAACCAGUCGGCCAACCUGAACUACCACCGACGCACGAAGCACCCCACCGAAGAUGAGGUGGCUGCCCGGGACAGCGGCAGUGAGCAACACUUUUGCGAGCUCUGCCGAAAGCACUUCCACUCGCGCUACACCCUGCGCUACCACACCAUGCAGCAGCACGGAGACCAGGAGCGCCUGCUGCCGCACGAGUGCCAGGUGUGCGGCCGGCGCAUGGCCAAGAAAUUCAUGCUGCUGCAGCACAUGCUGACGCACUCCACCGUCAAGAUGCCCUGCGAGCACUGCGGCAAGCUGUUCGCCCGCAAGUUCGAGCUGGAGGCGCACAUCCGAGCGGUGCACCUCAAGCUGAAACCCUUCGCCUGCAAGUACUGCUCCGAGUGCUUUGCCUCGCGCAAAACCCUGCGCCACCACGAGUACAUCCACACGGGCGAGAAGCCCUAUAUGUGCGAUGUGUGUGGCCAGGGAUUCCGGCAGCAGUCGUGCCGCAAGAAACACCGCAUGGUGCACGAUAAACAGGAUGCUGGAGUAUCUGUCUAACAAAUCAAAUUUAAU